CUGCAGCACAGCUUCAGCUUCGCCGGCUUCCCCAGCGCUGCUGCCAGCGGGCUGCUGGACAGCCCCACCUCCAUCACCCCGCCGCCCAUGCUGAGCGCCGACGACCUGCUGGGCUCCCCCACCCUGCCUGACUGCGCCAGCAACCCCUUCACCUUCUCCAGCCAGGAGCUGGUCAGUCUCUUCGCCCCCAGCAUGGGGGUGCAGGUGCCCAGCGGGAGCUCCCCCACCACCUUCUUGUUCAGGCCCAUGUCCGAGUCCCCCAACAUGUUUGACUCGCCGCCCAGUCCUCAGGACUCCCUCUCUGACCAGGAGGGCUAUCUGAGCAGCUCCAGCAGCAGCCACAGCGGCUCAGAUUCCCCGAUCCUGGACACCUCAAGACGUCUUCCCAUCUUCAGCAGACUCUCCAUCUCUGACGACUAAUCUGGGGUUUCCUCUCGCUCCCCUCUCCCCACCUCUAUGAUGAUGUUAAGCUGAACUCCCCCACCCCAUCCCUGGUAGCUGGAUGUUAACGUGGCCGCCUGCCUGCCGCAGACCCGCUGGCUUAAACCUUAAGUGCCAAAUUACGACGAAAAGCAAUA